ACAGCUGGGAGAACGAUACUUAUCCUUAACUCCCGAACGAUUGCGCCUGUUGAGUAAGCGCUAUGACAUGGCCUUUAAAGUAGCCCAAACAUUCGGCCUACUGCACUUUCCCACUUACCUAAGCAACGAUGUGCUAGAAAACUACAGACUGAUGAAGGAGUGUCUGUUCUCGCAGUAUAUCAUCGCAAUUCUACGGAAAAACUCCGUUUUACUGACCGUAACGAAUACAGUGGUGUCCAGAAUGAAGGAGUCAGGAAUCAUAACAUAUUGGGUAUUACGAAGCGAAAGCACCAAAAGUGCUACUCAAAGGAAACUACGCCAAUCGCUCGACGGUCAAUACCCAGAAAAUCUCAAACUAUUGCACGUUCUAGGCGCUUUCGUUGUGCUGUUAAUAGGCCUUUUUUUAGCUUCGAUUUUAUUUUGCAUUGAAAUCUGCAAAAGCAAAGAGGUUAAAAAAAUGUCGAAAUUCUAGUGAUGGAAAAUAUCUAUUGUAAAACGUGGAUACAUGGCAACUUCCAUAAAUGGAUCAGAAAGUAGCUUAAUUAUAAACAAUUAAACAUAGUGAUAGAGUAACAAAACGUAUCCCGUAAAUGUUGGUUGAGAAAGUAGCUUCUCA